AUGAGAUUGCUAUUCCAGGCUGCUGAAGAAGGGGGUGCAGGUGCAUCUCAUAUGGUACAGGAAGGUGCCCUUGGUGAAGCCAAAGCAAUUUUGGGAAUGCAUGUUGAAUUCACGACACCCAUAGGGAGCAUAUCUUCUGUUUCUGGGCCUGCUUGUGCAGCAGUGUGCAUCUUCAAAGUAAAGAUUGAAGGACUAGGAGCUCAUGCUGCAGAACCUCAUAACAAUGUCGAUCUAAUUGUGUCAGCUUCAUUCAUUAUUCUGGCACUGCAGCAACUCAUUUCCAGAGAUCCCUUUGCUAGCCAUAUACUCGUGUCUGAGUUGAGACACGAGUAUGUGUCCAAGUGUUAUGACCGGCUUGUCUAUUCAAUGGAAGUACUGUUUGUUACAUAUGUCAAAGGGGAUACUGCUUUGAACAUAAUUCCUCAGACUGUGGAGUUUGGAGGGACACUUAGGAGUCUUACCACUGACGGCCUGAACUGGCUUCGACACAGGCUAACAGAGAAAAAUGAAAAGAUUGAAUUGGAUGCUUAUUGGCUUAGUGAACGCUUGUAUACUAUUUUUUUUAAUUUGUCAACAGAAGUUGAUCGUCUCCGCCUUUUUGUGAAUGGGAUUCAACAUUAUGAUAGACGUAGUCAAUUCAGCACCGCUCUUGAAAAAAUCGAUGAAGCUAUAAGUCACACUCCUACAGUGAUUGACCUGUACUCUUCCAAGGUUAUGGAAACGGACUAG